AUGGCGCCCUCGCCCCAAACCAAUCUCCCUCAGGGCUUCUCCGUCUACCAGUCGGCACUCGGAGAGCCGCUGCAAUUCUUCCCCAACCUCGGGACACAGCAGCUCGAUGACCUGAUCAGCUCCUUCCUGCCUGGUCCCACCUCCAUCAAGGACAAGCGCAUCGCCGUCACGGUCGAUUUCUUCGAGCAUGCCCUGACGACGGGUCAGAACUUCAAGUUCUACCCAGUUCAUGCCGUCACCAUGGCCUCACCCAUGUCGGCCAGUCCCUCGCUGGACUCGUCAUUGGAGGCCUCCCCCGUCACGCCCAGCUGGGACUGGACCACCUCGGCCUCGACCUCGCCCGCCUCGUCAUCAAGCUGGCAACAUACCAAGGUCAACUCGACCCCGGGUCGGGCCACCGAUUUCUCCAAACUUCCUGGCAUGAAAAUCCUUACCAAGGACGGCCGCGACGUCACCAACUUGGCGUCCCGCGGCUCCAAGACCAAGGCGCAGCGCGACCACGCUCACCUCAUGCGAAUCAUAAAAGCGUGCGACGAUUGCCGCCGCAGAAAGGUUCGCUGCGAUCCCAGCCACAGGAAGCAAUCUGCCGCUCAGACGGCCCAGUCACCCGUCUCGCCCGGCUCGGAGUCGAGCAAGAAGCGGUCAAGGCCAUCCCCAACACAACCGACACUGUCCCCGGCACGACAAAAAGAGAACCCUCUCCCGGGCGAGCAUGUCAUGUUGGUGGACGAGUUGAUGUCUUCAACCACCAGUUCCUUCGACUUUGAUUCCCUGCUCUCCUUCUCCGACGCGGACGCGAUGGAGUCGUUCCCUGCCGCCGCACCCACGGAUUGGGACCCGUUUGUCCAAUUUUCUCCCAUGGACGUCGGCCAAGACGCCAACUUCUUCCCCGACCUGGAGAAUUGCAUCUCUCCAUCUUCAUUGUCAAUGUCACACUCUGAAGGACUGCAACCACAAUGGCAGCAUGUGCAGCAUGGAGUCGGUGCCCACCUCGCAGCCGCCGAUAGCCUUGACAUACCCGACAAUUCUCCUGGAGACUCAUUCCUGGGGCAUUCCGGAUCAACCAGCGAGGACGACGACUUUAGCUUAUUCCUGUCAUCAUCACAAUUCGCCGAGGAUGCGCAUCGGCUUCCCGUCGGCUCAUCGGCUCCCUUGUCUAGGCCGAAACUGCCCGAGUGUCCGCCGCCCAGUCAAGAUGUAUUCAGCGGCGAUUUCGUCGGCGGAUGGGAACCAGCGCCGUUUGAGGAGCCACUGCAGCUCAACGCCGGCACAUCUGUCGGCGGCGAGCGCUACAGUCCGGAUCUGGAUGAUGGCGGUGCAAUGAGCCACCCAGGUCUGAACUCCACGAGCAGCAAGGCCGAGUCUGUUGCCGACCGGGACGUUAUCCGCCACGCCAAUGUCUUGAAUGUACUGCGUCGGGACGUUUUCAGCAGUCGCACGCAGAACAAUGUAGGCCCAAGACACGCCCUUUCGCCGUCGAGGUUGCGACUGACCGUUUUGAAGCAGCACUCGAGUAACCAUGUUCCGGCGUCGUCAUUGACUCGGCCACCCACCAAAGUACGUUUACCUCUGGUCAAGUAUAUGAUUUCGCAACUUACACAGCAGCAGGAACUACCGGACUCGCUCGUCUCUCAUCCCAUCCUUGCCUCAAGGAAUUCCAACGUACGUCCACUAGUUUCGCUCAAUUCAUCACCGAGACUGACUUGCGACAAGAAUCCCCAACCUUCGAGUAUCACAUCCGAUCACUUGUCCAUAUCGACCACAAGCAUACCUGGGCAUUACCUGCCUCCUUCAAACGUAGGUAAACAGGAUCCAUAUCAACGAGAACCCUCUCUAACGUGGCCAAAGGCGGGACACUCCCAAUUCGUCCUUUCCCAUCAAACCCAGCAAUGCGAGGGCGCGUCUGUUCAUCGCUUCGCGCUGAGCGAAUUGCCACAGAUCAGCCGUGGCGAACGGCUUGCCGAGUCUCAUGCGCCGCUUUUGUCUCGCACCAGGACCGCGCUGCAAGAGACUGCCGCGAACAUGGCUGCCGUGGCGUCAACGUCGACCAAGCCAACAGGGUCAAACACGCACUCGCCCGCAAACUCACCCGACACUUUACACGCACAUGUUGGAGCCCUACAAUCCGCAACUGGUGGUUAUGUUUCUGAAGAAAUUGACUGUCGCGUCAACAAUAUGCAACAAUCCGACGUUUUGGAUGGGGCUGUUGCCGUGUCCACUUCCUCCCACCAACAAAGGUCGCCCGCACUCUCACCCGCACACUCGCCCGAUUCUGCACACGCACAACUUGGAGCCCUGCAAUCUGUGGAAUCUCGUUAUGCGUCCAGCGAUAUUGACCGCGGCGCCAGGCGUGUGCAACAAUCGAAUGGUGCCGAUGUGUCGGUCGGGGAAUCGAAGCCAUCCAUCCCACUGACGUCGGCCGCAAAGUCGUCCGAAUCGUCGCACUCACACGUUGGAGUCCUUCGUUCCGAGUCGCCUCGCUGCCCUGCUGUCAAUGUCGAGAGUGCGGCCGAUAACUCGGGCGAUUCUCAACGCCGAAACGAGGAAAGAACAUCUUUCCCAGUUGCCUCACCCCAACCCAUGCCUGGAGACAGCAGUAUCGCCGGGUUCAACUGGGUACCACUACUCCCAGUCGACAAUUCGGUCACCUCAAACAGAUCAAACCCUCAAGGCUUAGAAGAGAGUAUGCGUCAUCGCCAAAAGGCGAGCAUACUCACGCUGGCUACGAUCAAAGCCAUCGUCUUCAUGGUCGAGUUUGCCGCUUUAUUGCUGUCGUUGCAUUCCGCCAUCAUUUCUACAUGCAGUGGGUUUGGCAACGUCUUCGGCAUGGCAUCAAAUGCCACCAACACGGCUUCGAAGCCGAAAAUGGCCCUCCGGCCUUUGACGGCACCAAAAUGUUCCGUCACUUUCAGAACGAAGCGCACUCUGUCGUCACGCAUGAGUUGGACGGCCAGAUGCACGAACACUACUCAGAAGGGUCCCCGCUACCAACCGACUUGGUCGUCCCGGUUUCCAUUAUCCAAAAUCACGUGGCACCAGCCCGUCAAGUUCUAA